AUGGCAGGCAAGGAUAAGACAGUCGUGAGGACGCUGGAGGAUUUAACGCUUGAUUCUGGUUAUGGUGGAGCCGCGGACUCGGUCAGGUCGUCCAGCGUGUCGCUCUGCUGCUCCGACACGCACCAGUCCGUCUCGCAUGGAGGCAACUACUGGCAUCUGACGGAAUCCAUGCACAGCAGACACAACAGUUUGGACACGGUCAACACCGUCCUGGCGGAGGACACGGAGAUCCUGGAGUGUGCGGGACACUGCGCCAAGCUGCCCGAGCUGGAGGAGGUGCCGUGGAGCCUCGGAGAGGUCGAGGGCGCACUGAGGAAGGAAGAGGAGCUGAUGGUCGGUAACCCGUCUCCGGAGGUCCUGGCGCGGCUGUCCGCCCUCAUCAGCCGGGUGCUGGUGAGGGUGGCCCGGGAGGCGCAGCGACUCAGCCUGCGCUACGCAAAGUGCACCAAACACGAGAUUCAGAGCGCCAUCAAGGUGGUGCUCUCGUGGACCAUCUCGGUAAACUGCAUCACGGCAGCUCUCAGUGCGCUUUCCCUCUACAACAUGUCCAGCGCCGGAGACAAGUUCAGCCGCGGCAAGUCCGUGCGCUGCGGCUUGGUGUUCUCCGUGGGCAGGUUCUUCAGGUGGAUGGUGGACAGCCGGGUGGCCCUGAGGAUACACGAGCACGCUGCCAUCUACCUGUGCGCCUGCAUGGAGAGCCUGUUCAGAGAGGUGUUCGGCCGCGUCCUGCGCAGCGCGCUGGUGGAGAGGGACAACGGGAUCCCUAAGAUCACGCUGGAGUCCAUGGAGCAAGCCAUCAGCAACGACUCGGAGAUCUGGGGUCUGCUGCAGCCGUACCAGCAUCUCAUCUGCGGCAAGAAUUCAAGCGGUGUGCUGAGCCUGCCAGAAAGUUUGAACCUGCACCGAGACCAGCAGCGCUCAGGGAGAGGCAGCGAAGGUCAUGGAUACACCCAAGCUGAGCUACGCACGCUGGAGCAGUCGCUGCUGGCCACCCGUGUGGGCAGCAUCGCAGAGCUGAGUGAUUUGGUGUCCCGGGCAAUGCAUCACCUCCAGCCAUUACACAUAAAGAACCCCAGCAACGGGACGCCGGUCCACCAGAAGACCAGCACCACGGUUCACUGGGAACCCGAAGCCCUCUAUACCCUGUGUUACUUCAUGCACUGCCCGCAGAUGGAGUGGGAGAACCCCAACGUGGAGCCGUCCAAAGUCACCUUACAAACUGAGAGGCCGUUCUUGGUUCUGCCUCCGCUGAUGGAGUGGAUCCGGGUGGCUGUCGCCCACACCGAACACAGGCGGAGCUUCUCUGUGGACAGCGACGACGUGCGACAGGCCGCCAGGCUGCUGCUGCCUGGUGUGGACUGCGAACCCCGACAGAUAAAAGCCGAAGAUUGUUUCUGCGCCACCCGGAAGCUGGAUGCAGCCUCCACGGAGGCCAAGUUCCUGCAGGAUCUGGGCUUCAGGAUGCUCAACUGCGGACGGACGGACCUGGUCAAGCAGGCCGUCAACCUGCUGGGCCCGGAUGGCAUUAACAGCAUGAGCGAACAGGGAAUGACGCCUCUCAUGUACGCCUGCGUGCGAGGAGACGAGGCCAUGGUCCAGAUGCUGCUGGACGCCGGAGCGGACAUCAACAGCGAGGUGCCAAGCACAGUAAACAAGCACCCCUCAGUUUACCCCGAAACGCGCCAGGCGACGCCACUCACAUUCGCCGUGUUGCACGGACACGUCCCUGUCGUGCAGUUGCUGCUGGAUAACAGAGCCAAUGUGGAAGGCGCCCUGCAGGAUGGGGCGGAGAACUACACAGAGACGCCGCUCCAGCUUGCCGCUGCUGCAGGGAACUUUGAGCUGGUGAGCUUGCUUUUGGAAAGAGGAGCAGACCCCAUGAUCGGCACGAUGUGUCGAAAUGGCAUCUCCUCCACCCCACUGGGAGACAUGAACUCGUUCAGCCUGGCAGCGUCGCAUGGACACAGGAAUGUAUUCCGGAAGCUCCUGUCCCACGCCGACAAGGAAAAGGGGGAAGUGUUGUCCCUGGAGGAGAUUCUGGCUGAGGGUUCGGAACCCGGGGAGAAGAGGCCGGUUCCUCAGGCCAACUGCAGCGGGACGCUGCGAACAGGAAAGGCCAGACUGAGGGCCCUGAGAGAGGCCAUGUACCAUAGCGCAGAGCAUGGCCAUGUGGACAUCACCAUUGACAUCCGCAGCUUAGGCGUUCCUUGGACGCUGCACACUUGGCUCGAGUCCCUCCGUACCUGCUUUAUGCAGAACCGCCGGACGCUGAUCCAGGGCCUGCUCAAAGACUUCAGCUGCAUCCAGGAGGACGAGUACACGGAGGAGCUGAUCACACACGGGCUGCCGCUCAUGUUCCAGAUCCUCCGAACCAGCAAGAAUGAGGUGAUAAGCCAGCAGCUGUCAGUCAUUUUCACCCAGUGCUACGGACCCUUCCCCAUCCCCAAACUGACAGAGAUCAAGAAGAAACAAACCUCACGCCUGGACCCCCACUUCCUGAACAACAAGGAGAUGUCUGACGUCACCUUCCUGGUGGAGGGGAAACCGUUUUAUGCACAUAAGGUGCUGCUGUUUACGGCAUCACCCAGGUUCAAGUCCCUACUUCAAAACAGACCAGCAGCGGAAAACACGUGCAUCGAGAUCAGCCAUGUCAAAUACAACAUUUUCCACCUGGUGAUGCAGUAUCUGUACUGUGGAGGCACAGAGUCUCUGCACAUCCGCAACACAGAAGUGAUGGAGCUCCUGUCUGCAGCCAAGUUCUUCCAACUAGAGGCCCUUCAGAGACACUGUGAGAUCAUCUGCUCCAAGACCAUCACCACUGAAACCUGCGUGGACCUUUACAAGCACGCCAAGUUCCUUGGGGCCUCAGAGCUCACAGCUUUCAUCGAGGGCUACUUCCUGAAGAGCAUGGUGCUGCUGAUUGAACUCGACACCUUCAAGCAGCUCCUGUACGAGCCUGCUCCCGCUGAGAGCCCCGCCUCCAGUCCCGGCAUCUGCUCCGACAUCCUCCACGACCUGGAGAAGACCCUGGCCACUCGCAUCCACUCCAUCCACCUCUCCACCUCCAAGGGCUCCGUGGUGUGACCGCCGUCCGGCUCCGGAGCGCCCCCCCUAUCCACCCGCGGCAUCUAUGUAACACCCAUUCCAGCGAACGCUGUCCUGCCCACGUCAAACUGCUGUCGGACGAUCGAACGCCAGGAAUUCCCUUUAAUUCUGCUGCUUGUUGAAGGUUAACGUAGACGUUUGUGACUAAACUUAUUUUUUGCCUUGAGCUCCCGUCCCGACGGCUCCCGCUGUUCAACCACAACUCCACGUCCAAAGGAUAAAAGCAGACCUGGCUCAAUUAGACUGCAUCAUUAGGACUUAUUCAUAAUAAUUCAACUGUAUUUCAUACAGAACACGUGCAUGAGAUACAUAUUUUACACUUUUUUCACUCAGAAAUUCAAAUAGAAAUUUUACCCAAUUAAAUCCAGCGCUGACGUGAUCCAUUUUCUGGAAAACGGAGGCCAUGGCAGCAGCGAAUAUUAAUCCCCGCUAUACGACCACUUGAAAUGACCCGUAGCAAUGUCAGGAAGGCAGACUUUUCGAGGUGGACGUACUUUACAUUUCAACCCGUCGGUGUGUUCUUGCUGGACACGUUUCACUGUGUUAAAUCUGCCGCGUCGCAGAAGCCAAACCAAUCACAGGAACUUCCGCCGUGGCCGCCGCAGCGGAGCCGAAUUCAAAUAAACACGGCUCGCUCGGCGAAAUCUAUGCUGACUGGUCCCUAAAACACGGAUGUCUGACUGGGAAAUCGUUUCUCUUUUUUGCAUGACACCUCCUCUACUGAGCUGCCACUAUGUUGCUUUUUUUUUAUGCACUUAUAGGCUUACUUCAUGGACCACUUUUCUGAGGGGAGGUAAAGGAAAUUGCUGCUUAUUAACUUUUUAUCCACCACAAGACGGAGCGGGAUUCUGAAGAUGGACCACAGGGACGUUUUGAAAGCAAAGUGUAGAUAUCUUCUGAAAGUUAUUGUACUGGUUGUGAUUUUUUUGUUUUGUUUUGUAAACUGGUAUAAAAUCCCCACACACUUGCUUGGCUGAUGACACCAGUCCCACUAAACGUGCUCUCCGCUGUGCGUCCAGAUUAUGCAAAGUUGCAUGUUUAAUUCAUCUGUGCGACUCCUGUGUUUGGCUUUAGACGUGUGGCACUGCACACAAAAUACGACUGAGCGGGAUGCUGGCUGUUCCAGUUUUAGUCAAACCCAAGAGUUUUCCACCUUAAAUCAAUUUGUUCUGAGGCAUUCCAGCUGAUAUGGGUAGAUUAAGAGAUCCAUGUCGGCCUCCGUUUGUGUAGAGGUUCUGCAGCAUCAGCACUGACCCUUUUAAAGAAACAUGUAGCUAUUUAAAUCUGCCAUCUGCAUAUUAAUACAUUAUUUUUAGCUGUUGUUUUCUGUAAAAAAAAACAAAAAACUAAACUUCUAUUUUCAAUUGAGAAAACCCACAAAAUAAUAUUGUCAAUGUUUGACCAGAUUCUGGUGGAUAAAUUAGGUGUAAAACAAUAAGGAGUGUCACAAAGCUGGUGGUGAAUAGGGAAGAUCUAAUUGGAGGCAAAAGGGAGGUAGGAAGGGAGCAAGAAUAAAGAUGCAUAAUAACACAAAA